AUGAGUACUAGUCAUGUGUUGAGUUGCAUAAAAUUUAAUUAUGGCAAAAAAAACAGUAAAAGUAUAAUAUACUCCGUACGAAGCAUUUUCUCUCUCCUUCUUUUAGAGUUUUUGUCAACCCUUGUUUUAGUUUAAAGAAAAAAAUUAGAAAAACCCAAAAAAAGUCGCACUCAAAAAGCCUGCACCAAAAUUCUUACUCACACACAAAGAAAGAUAAGAAAAGUAGGAAAAAUAAAGGAAGCGUUGAAGAAACUCUUCUUCUUUCCCCCCACUAAAAUCUUAAACCACACAAAAAAAAAAGUUUGGAAGAAAUAUUAAACUUCCUAUAAUUUUCUUUGCUUUGACGCGUAAUUAGCUACUUGAAUUUUCUAAUUUUCCCACCUGUAAAUCUCUUGUAUUAAAAGGAAGAUGUUUCGUUUUUUAUUCCAACUGUUGAAGCUUCAUACAUCAUAACUACCCAACAAACAUCAUCAAACAAAAUUUAUUUGGACAGGGUAUGUUUCUUUUGUUCUGUAUUUUAACAGAAUUUUUAGAUUGAUUGAUUGAUAAACUUGUUGUAAUUUUUUGGGAAUUUUUUGAUCUGGGUUUUUGGGGGUUUGCUCAUUUGGGUGAGAUUUGGGGAAAUUUGGUAGUUCUUUUGAUUUGGGUAUAUUUUAUUUAGUUGAUUGAUAAAGUUUCUGUUAUUUUUUUGGAUUUUUUUUAUCUUCUGGGUUUUUAGGGUUUUGCUCAUUUUUGGUGAGAUUAAGGCAAAUUUGAGAAGUUUUUGAUUUGGGUAUAUUUUAGAGCUGUAGUAUUUGGAUUUUGGGGAGUUGGGUAGUCUUUGAAACCCUAAAUUUGGGUUGAAAAUGGCAACUUCAGCUGCAUUUUCGUCGCUGCGACGACGAAGGUCGCCUCCAUUGGAGGCGUUUCUUGCUCCGGUGGACUUGACGGAUGGUGGAAUUAUAAAAACGGUGUUAUCUGUUGCUAAUGAAUUGGUUGAUUUGCAUUCUGGGAAAAAAUUGCCAUUUCAGAGGCAGAAUUUCAAUUCUUUGGUUAGGAAGAUAGAGGUGUUUGUUGUUGUAUUGGAUUUUUUGAAGGAUUUCCGAUCAUUUUCGAGGUUUUCGUACACCGCGAUUAUGUGCUUUAAAGAGCUUUACUUGCUGUUCUAUAGGUGUAAAAUAUUGUUGGAUUAUUGCUCACAGUCUAGUAAAUUGUGGAUGCUCCUGCAAAACCAAUCGAUUUCGGGGCAUUUCCAUGAUCUUAAUCAAGAGAUGUCGACCCUUUUGGAUGUUCUCCCGAUUAAAGAGCUUAGUUUGAGUGAGGAUGUUAGGGAGCAGAUUGAGUUGUUGCAGAGGCAGUUGAGGAGAGCUAAGUGCUUUAUGGAUAAGGACGAUGAGAUGUUGAGGCAUCGGCUAUAUUCUUUCUUGUACGAAAUUGAGAAGGGGCAGAUUCCUGAUUCGAAUGAGCUUUGGUUUUUCUUUGUGGACAAGUUGGGGAUUCACGAUGCCAAGAGUUGCAGGGCUGAAAUUGAGUUCUUAGAGGAGCAGAUUGUUAACCACGAGGGAGAUGUAGAACCCACGGCUGCAGUGCUCAAUGGGUUUGUAGCCCUCACUCGUUAUUGUAGGUUCUUGUUAUUUGGGUUUGAGGUAGAGAUGGAGGUGGGAGCUGAGAGACAAAAAAACUUGAGGAAGGGAAUGAUGACUCAGGAAAUUGCUGAUACUUUCCUUACAAUUCCAAAGGAUUUUUGUUGCCCCAUAUCGUUGGAUUUGAUGCAAGAUCCGAUGAUUGUGUCCACCGGGCAGACCUAUGAUAGGUCUUCAAUAUCAAGAUGGUUGGAUGAAGGACAUUACACUUGUCCGAAGACAGGUCAAAUGCUUGCCAAUACGCGGCUGAUUCCCAAUAGAGCUCUUAGGAAUCUGAUUACCCAAUGGUCUGUUGCUCAUGGAAUUCCUUAUGAGCAACCAGAAGGUGCAGAGUUCUCUUCAGAGCUUGCUGCAGCUUCAUCAUCAAAGGCUGCAGUUACAGCAAACCAGGCUACAGCGUAUCUCCUUAUCCAACAACUUGCUUCUGGGUCAGAGGAUGCACAAGCCAUUGCUGCCCGUGAGAUCCGGUUGUUAUCAAAAACAGGAAAGGAGAACCGUGCUUUUAUUGCAGAAGCUGGUGCUGUUCCUCAUCUCAAACGGCUAUUACUAUCUGCUAAUGCAAUUGCUCAAGAGAAUUCUGUCACCGCAAUGCUUAAUCUAUCAAUCCAUGACAAGAAUAAGAACAGGAUCAUGGACGAAGAAGGGUGUUUGAAUUCCAUUGUUGAUGUUUUAAGGUUUGGUCAGACUACGGAGGCGAGGGAAAAUGCUGCUGCUACCUUGUUUAGCCUAUCAGCAGUUCAUAGCUAUAAGAAGAGGAUUGCUGAUGAAAAUGGGGCUGUUGAAGCUCUUGCUAAUCUAUUAAGGGACGGGACUCCCCGAGGCAAGAAAGAUGCUGUGACUGCUCUGUUUAAUCUUUCCACGGAUACUGAUAAUUGCGUGAGGAUGAUAGAAGCAGGGGCAGUCUCAGCAGUUGUGGGAGCUAUAGGGGUUGAGGGGGUAUCAGAGGAGGCAGCAGGGGCAUUGGCCUUGAUAGUGAGGCAUCCUGCUGGGGCUGAGGCUGUCGGCAGAGAGGAAAAGGCGGUGGCUGGUUUGCUUGGGUUGAUGAGGUGUGGAACCCCCCGGGGAAAGGAGAAUGCAGUUGCUGCAUUGCUGGAGCUUUGUCGGAGUGGUGGCGCUGUUGCCACCGAAAAGGUGCUCAAGGCACCAACGUUGGCAGGUUUGCUUCAAACUUUAUUGUUUACCGGAACAAAACGGGCUAGGAGGAAGGCAGCCUCCCUUGCCAGGGUUUUCCAGAGGAGAGAGAAUGCUGCUUUGCAUUCUGGUGGGUUUGGAGUUGGAUAUCUGAUAGCUGGGAACUCGACCACGAAUAGAGAUACAAGCUUCGUUGGUGAUGUGUCUGUACCCAUGUCAAUAUCAGUACCUGUUGUGCAAGGGUAAAUGCUCACUGCACCCCUUGUCUUAAGUUUGUAAAUGUAUCUUUGUAUUCUCAAAUUUUGGUUGGUAACUCGAAACAUUCUUUCAUUCAAAUAUGAGGCAAUAGUAAUGAAAUUUAGCAAUACUAUACCUACUUAGUGUGUGAUCUCAUAACAUAACAUUUAUCAUCCGUAUACGUAGUUGAAACUUCCUAUUAUAUGUGCAAAUGUGUUCUAAUGUCACCGUCUUACAAUCUUACAAAAGAUAUUUCUUUUUCCUGUUA